AUGCCUUCCCGAUUUGGAGUGCGGGCUGGCACCUUCCCGAUUGGAACCUUUGCUACUUGUGCUUGUGCUUCACCUCUCAUCCCAGUUCUCCCCCAGAAUCUCAUGGACCGGAAGCAGACCCGACUUACCCGAUGCCGCACAGGAUGUAUGCGCUGUCGGGUCCGUCGAAGAAAAUGUGACGAGGGGAAACCAAGAUGUCGCAACUGUGUUGAUCGGAAUUUCCAAUGUCAGUAUGGUCCGCAGUUGACGUUCUUGACAAAAAAUGCGCAGACAGUUCUACCGUCGGAAGUUGGCACUUCAUCGAGCUAUGAGACAAUCCGGUUUAUCGCCGAGGAACCCCAAAACGACAGCAAUCUUGACGAGGAUGCGCAAACUCCUCGCGGGGAUAACCAAGGAGCACAAGAGGAUGCUAGCUUUACCACAGAGGUGCCAUCAUGGGAGCCUACCGAUGAGCAACCAACACUGAGCGACAAGGAUGAGUCUGCGGUUGCAGGUCUGUUGGCCCUAGGGAUGAAUGAAUCCCCAAUGGACCUGUCAGGGUUCUCGGUCAACAAUCCUCCAUUGCCGGCACUGCCUCCGGCUUUCUCUCCGCACGCCCAGGAAGAGAGUACUUCCACCGAGAUCCAAGCGCUACUGCGGCACUAUCGCUAUGAGGUAGCUUCAUGGCUGGAUAUCUGUGAUCUAGGCCAAUCCUUUGGCAUCAAUGGCCUUCAACUAGCAAUGGCCUCGCCUUCUGUGUGGAACUCGAUUCUUAGUCUCUCAGAAACCUCCUUCAACCAACUCCGUCCACAUGAUCUAUCAAGAGGGAGAUUCGUUCGACUGCGCUCAGAUGUGCCCGCGGAUAUUACUCAAAUUGCCUUGCUCGGUGUGCUGGACCGAGUGAGAGAUUGGAUCUCAAACAUAUCGGCUACGUGGGCGUCGCAGGCGCCAUGUGACCAAAAGCUUCUGAGCGCAGUCAGCUCACAUGCAGUCGGAAGGGACCUCAAUUCCGCAAUUUAUUGGCUUUUUGUUCGGUUCGAUCUAGGGGUAGCAUUAGCUACUGAUAUCGAUAUGCGCGUACCACUACCACCGGCGUUCCCAUACCUCGCUGAGGUGGACAUGGUUGCCGAUCCUUUCGAAAUGGUUUUCUACUACGCCUAUCGCCCGCUUUGGCUUGCGGCGAGAGCCAUUCAGUUCACGCACAAUGAAGAGAUCUCCCAAGAUCGUCCUCCGCUCCACGUUUGGAUGGAGCUGGUAGAAGAAUUGGAGCAGUGGUACCGUGAGCGACCGCAAGAAUUUCUGCCAAUGUUGGAGCUGGAUAUGGAUCAUCAGUUAGCUGGCCCCGAGCGAAGCCUUCCCGUGGUUCUGUUUGCAAACGGAGCUGGGCUGUUUGGUAAUCAGCUGUACCAUACGGCGAUGUUGAUUUUGCUACACAACCGGCCGAGAACCGCGCGAAUCGGUGACUUCCAUUCCGCUGCAAUGUCGCCGUUGUGGCAUGCGCAGCGGAUCUGCAGCAUUGCUCUCCACAAUGACCGCCGAGAGUGCUGGGAUCCGUGUCUCCUAGCAUCUUUUCUGACGGCUGCACGUCGUAUGACCCAUGAAUCUCAGCAGCGGGCAGUGAUUCAGGGAUUUGAGCGAAUUCGCACUGUGACAGGAUGGGAUACGGGUGGCUGCCUACACACUUUGAAGACAGAAUGGUGUCUUCUGGACGAGCCGUAG